GCUGCAUUCCCACAUCAUCCUAGUCCUGACCAAAUACAAGUUUACAAGAUUACACACACAAUUCAUCCUACAAACACACACUUAAUGCAAACCUGUCCUCAGAAACACACAUAACCCUUCAGACAUCCAGCUUUGAGAGAAUCCCGUUUUGUGACUGUUUUCAUUUCGCACCAUGUCGAAGGACGACUGUAAGGUGGGCUGUAAACACAAGGAACGCAAGCCCAAAAAGCCGCACUACAUCCCGAGGCCUUGGGGCAAACCCUACAACUACAAAUGCUUCCAGUGUCCGUUCACCUGCAUGGAGAAAUCCCACCUGUACAACCACAUGAAGUACAGCCUGUGCAAGAACUCCCUGUCGCUGCUCAUCGAGUCCGACUGGCCGUAUAAAAAAGAGCAGCUCCGGCUCCAGCAGGGCGGCGUUCGCUCACGUAGCCCCGCUAAGGGUCACUCAGAGCGGGUCGCGAUGUCAGACGAGCCCUCGCAUUCGGCAGCGAGUCUGGAAGAGGGUGAGAAAGGAGAAUCUGAAAGAGACGUGGAGAAAGACAAAGAGGUUGUGGAGCCCAGUGCAUCGACGGUUAUGAAUCCUGAAUCUAUGGAUUCGAGAGGAAGCAAGCGAUCAAAGCAAGAAGCUGAACUGGUGAUGGCCGACGUCUUCUCGCUCGAGGAGCAACUUUUGCGAGCACGUUCAGUCGAAGUGGAGUCAAAACUCAGACACUAUAGAAUGUCUCUUUCUGGACCAGCGGCGUUGCUUUCGGAGCAAUGGCGCAUCUUAAGCAACCAGACGUCUGGUGCGAAGCCCAAAUCUGAUCCGGUGGUGUCUUCUCUGCCUUGUUAUCCUCCACCGGCAUCCACGGGUCAACUCGAAUGCCCAGAAACACCAGGUUUCAAUCUGUCUCUGCUCGGCGUUGGAUAUCCGUUGGCUCCUGGACUCCUUUCGUAUCUAAAUCCAGCACUUAGCUUACCUGCGAGUACAGCGAACACAAGCGCACCGCUGCCGUUCCUGGCAUCAACCCAUGCACAAAGACACUCGGAGCGUUCUUUACUUCCUCCUCACCUGUAUUACCCUUUCCUGUGCGAGCACACUUUCGGAGCGACGCCUUCCUCAACGUCCUCUGAGACUGGAAAGCUCAUCAAACCGCCAACCGUAAGCCUGCCGGCCCCGACAUACCCUCCCAAACUCAACCUGUGGAAGGUCCCGGCCCUGCGGCCCACAUCCUCGCCUGCGGCCUGGCCGUCGCCCUCCUCCUCCUCCCCAGAACGGAGCCACGGCGUGAAGGAGAGGAUACGGUCCAGGGACGGGAAGAGCGGCUGGCUGCAGGACACGUCCUUCAUCAGAGAGCAAAGUCUGAAGAGGACAGCGGUGUCCUUGGACUCCCAUGGUGCACCAGGAGAGAAGAAACCAGCUCUUGAGUUUGCCCUCGACUCUUUGAAAAACGCUCACAAAUCUGCAUCCAUCGCCUCCAUGAUGUCCAGCAGGCUGCCAAUACACAACAGCCCCCGCAGUGACGUCUCGUCCCCGCCGCAUAUGUCUGAGCAGCUGGAGGCGAGACAGAGAGGAAUGGAGAGAGACGUGGACCCGGCAGCUGCGCUCCUGCAGGACUUCAGCACGUUACUGCAGGAGUACCAGAACACAGAGCAGCGUGCCGCGUCUCUGCCGGACCAGUGCCACCUGUGGGCGCACCUGGGAAAGAUCCGCUCAGAGCUGUCCCACAUCCAACAGGCGCUGGAGCACACGGCCCGCUCCAACGAGGGGCCGCUCGAUCUAUCCAUCAAAAAAGACCAAGCAGGGCUCACGAACGCAGCUGGAGACGUUCCAGGAGAAACAAAAGACACAGGCGAUGAAAACUGCUCCGAGACUGAAGACGACGAGGAGGAGGAAGAGGAGGAGGAUAAAUACGAGAGAGAUGCGGUGGAGCGAGGAGGCGGUGUUAAAGAAAGGCAGAAGUGCUCUCUGGAAGCGCUGAUGAAACUCAAUCCGUCCCAGGAGACUGUGGUGAAGACAGAGGUGCUGUCCGACGGUGGGAUGGCGAUUCGGCCCGGGACGGCUGAAGCUCUGUGGCACAGCAGAACCACCAAGUGUGAAGCAGACUCAAGUGUCUUCCUCUGCUCCAAAACACCUAACAGACCGCCGUCCAUUCAACAUCUGGACACGCUUUGUCCGAGCAGCCCUUUAACAACCAACGACACACUGGUGUAACGAACAUGAACCAGAAGAAUAAACUUACAUCAUUUACACUGGACACACGACUGAAUUCAUGCUUCUUUGUUGAAAGUAAUUAAUACUUUUACUCUGCAAAACAUGACAGUAAAAACUGCAAAAGAUUCCAUUUUUUAUAUACAUUUCUAUGAAUAAACAAAUCCUGAAAAAUAAAAUCAGUAUCUGCAAAAAUAUAAGUUUCCCCAAAAAAAUUAAUAAUAAUAAUAAUCAGAAAUGUUUCUUGAGCAGCCAAUCAGCAUAUAAUAACUAUUUCUGAAGGAUCAUGUGACACUGAAGACUGGAGGAAUGAUGCUGAAAAUACAGCUUUAAAUCACUAAAAUGUAUGAUUUACUAUAAAAGAAACCAGUUAUUUGAAAUUGCAAUAGUAUUUAGCAGUUUGACAGUUUUUACUCUAUUUUUGAUCAAAUAAAUUUGAACCUUUGGUGAGCAGAUAAUACUUCUUUAAAAAACCAACUCAACCCAGAGUAACACUAUAGAAAACACUACAUGCUUUACAAAAUCAACUGUGGAAAAGAAGAUACAGGUAUGAAGAAUCAAGCACAGAUUUAAAUCAAGCAGCUUAUGCCAAAAAGAACUGAUGGAGGAAAAUAUGAAGGACAAAAUACAUGAAUACACACAUGUUAAUUAAAUUCAAAUCCAUGUACAGAAUGAGGACACAAUUCAAACCCUGGUUUAGGUUAAGGAACUACAACUUUAAACUAUUUAAUAUAUUUGUUUGUAAUAUAUGUAGUUUUCUGACAUGUCACAUAUUUUAUUUAUUCUUGCAUUUCUUCACUCCAUAAGUUUGUUUUAAGACUAGUCUUCUGUAAAUAAUCGACAUUCAAAUAAGAAGCAAAUAUGAUUGUUUCACACAAUAAAACUACUGCUAAUCUCACAUUACUGUUUCAUCAGUGUGAAUUUUGUGUUCUUUUAAGAUGCAUAAAAAAAUCCUGCAAUAAAAUGUUCAACAUA